UAAAUUUAUGUAACGUGUAAAUGUAUAUAUACACACGUUUGAUUCGUGCUUUUUAUAAAUCUGUAACAUUAAUAUGUUUUUGAAGAUGACAGAUGAGUGCAAUCAUCGUUUUGAUUCUGUCACUUGUCCAUGAUCAUGUAUAGUAACUGUAUUUCAUAAAACGCAUUUUAUACAUAAGAUUACGUUUACGUUAAGAUUUCAUAAAUGUUACGUAUUUUCUGUAUCUUUAUGCAUGUACUGUAAAGUAUAUAUUUUACAGUGAUUGCGUAUAAUUACCUUAAACCAGAAUAGCUUUGAUUAUGUAAAAUUAACAUAAAUUAUAGGUGUUAUGAAAAGUAUGAAAAAAACAUUUAUAAAAUUGAACAUAGUGUUUUGGUGAUAAUAAAAGAUGGAUGUUAAGGAUUAUCACAAGGUGUGUGAGGAAGUAUAUGAUACUGAACCUUCUACAUCUAAAGAGGAUACUGUAAACAGUUUACAAAAUAUUGCGUUAGAAGAAAUGAACAAUAUCUCAAAAGGUAAUGAAGUUGAAAUAAAUGAGCUAAAAAUGGAAGUUGAAACAUUAGAAGCAGUAGAUCAAACUCAAGCUGAAAGUAAAGUAAUUCAAGAAGUUAUUGAACCUUCUAUUGAUGAUAAAUGUGAUGUUAAUACAAAAGAUAUAUUUGGACCAACUGAAGACAAAGAAACAGUUAUAGAAACAUCCUUUUCUAUUGUAAAUUCAAAUGUUUCAUCAGAACCAACAACCUCACAGGACAAUACUCCUUCUUCCUCAAAUGACAUUGAAUCAAGCGGUUCACCUUCUAAUGAUCAAAAUAAAAUUAAACGAAGUAUUUCCAAAGGUCAAGUAAAUGGUGAUAGUGGCAUUUCAAUGGAAAAAUCUGGUAAUAGUUCUGAUGAAGAUUCAAGUAAGCGGCAAAAGCUGAAUGAAACCGUGUCUAGUAAAUCAAAAUCUGACGAUGAAAAUGUAGAUAAUGUACCAAAGUUUCAUAAGUUAAAGUCCAAAGUAAAAAAACGUAAUUAUCGCAGUAAGAGACCUCCAGCAGGAGAAAAUGCAGAUAGUUGCAAUGAAGGAAGUACUGAAGAUGUUGAAAUGAGACAAGAAACAGAGGAAAGCACAACAUCUAGAGGAGCAGAAAAUCGUGAACGGGGAUUGGAAACAAAUAGUGAUGGUCCAGAUGUUGAAGAUGCAGAUGGAAAUGAUUCAAAUGAAUGGACAACAGCCAGUGAAGAAGAGUUAGAAGAAGCAGAAGAAGAUAUUCCUGCUUGUUUAAAGAAAGAAAAGCCAAAGCCAAACUGGUUUGUAGUGCCAGAAAUUAUUCACCGUGAAAUGGGCAACAAUCCAUUAUUUCAACGUCGAUAUUAUGGUUCCUUGCAUGUCGUAGAACGUUUAGAACUUGCGUAUAAACUCGAAGAACAUCAGGGCUGUGUUAAUGCUUUAAAUUUUAAUCAAAGAGGAAAUUUACUAGCUAGUGGUUCAGAUGAUUUGGCUGUAGUUAUAUGGGACUGGGCAAAAGGGAAAAAGCAUCAUUCUUUUGAUAGCGGUCAUAGAAGUAACAUGUUUCAGGCAAAAUGGUUACCAUUUCAUGUAGAAUAUUUAAUGGCUACGUGUGCUCGUGAUGGACAAGUACGUUUAUUAGAUGUUAGACGUGGUACAUCACGAAGAAUAGCAAUGCAUCACGCGCCUACUCAUAAACUUGCAGUUCAUCCAGAUGCACCUCAUGUUAUAAUUUCUGUUGGUGAAGAUGCUAAAGUGUUAUCUAUAGAUAUUAGAGAAGAAAAACCAACAAAAUUGCUAGCGGUGAAAGAUGGGUCUUCUGAUGUGCAAUUGUACAGUGUUCAUUCAAACCCGCUUAAUAGUAAUGAAUUUUGUGUUGGUGGUCGGUCUCAAGUGGUUAGAAUAUAUGAUCGACGAAAAGUGUCUGCACCGUUACAUAAAUUAUGUCCUGAUCAUUUGGCUGGGAAUAAACAUGCACACGUAACUUGCGCUGUAUAUAAUUAUAAUGGAACCGAAGUUCUUGCAUCUUAUAACGACGAAGACAUAUAUCUGUUUGAUACAGUGAUGCCUCAAACUGGAGAUUUUGCUCAUCGAUACCAAGGUCAUAGAAAUAAUGCCACUGUGAAAGGUGUAAACUUUUUCGGACCAAAAAGUGAAUUUGUUAUAUCUGGAUCGGAUUGUGGAUACAUAUUUAUCUGGGACAAGAAUACUGAAGCCAUAGUAAAUUGGAUGCCCGGUGAUGAACAAGGAGUGGUAAACUGUUUGGAACCUCAUCCACAUAUUCCUAUCCUUGCAACAAGUGGACUUGAUUUUGAUGUGAAAAUAUGGGUGCCUUCUUGUGAACAUCCUCCAAACUUAACAAAGCUAGCAAGUUGUGUUAAAUCCAAUGCGAUUAAUAGAGCAGAAGAUACUGCUAAUGAAUCUGAUGCAUUUGAUGGUCAGAUGCUUUGGAUAUUGCUAAGAACCAUCCGUCAUGCAGAAAGAAUAAGAAAUCACAGUGCACGUAGAGGUUCUAGUGAUCGAAAUCGGAAUGUGGCGGAUGAUGAUGAUGAGGAUGAUAAUGUUGAUGAUUCUUCGGAUGACAACGAUUCUUCCGAUCAUAGUGAUAGUCAGUCAGAGGGAGAUGGAAUUAGAACAUUACAGUGCCCUCCAUCAUAGAGGUAUUUAAACGGAUUGUUUCAAGUUUCAUAAAUUAAAAUUUACACGAUGUCUUCAAUAAAUGUUACUAAAUAUUGACAAUUAUAGGGAAGAUACAUAAAAGAAUGUAAAAGUUCCAUAAUCCCCUCUCAAUUUAUCUUUUUCUACCAGUUUAAUAGUUUGUGCUUAUUAAUGAUAGAAACAGUGUACGACUAUUUAAUACAAUAAUCAUAAGAGUAAGUGUGCAUUGAAUAUGUAUAAAAGUUAUUGUUACGAAUAUGUACAGUAUUAGGUGAUAAUAACAAAUAAUACAGUUCUAUUUCUAAAAGUAA